GGGCACAGCACCGCAGCACGCGCGACGCGGCGAGCCCGCGCACCGGGCUCCGCGCACCGCGCACCGCUCGCGGCUCGCCGCCGCACGCCAUGGCCGACAUGCCGGACCUGUCGCACCUCACGCCCGAAGAGCGCGCCAUCAUCGAGGGAGUCAUUAUGCGUCAACGGCAAGAGGAGCAGCGCGAACACGAAAUCAUGAGGCGCAAGCAAGACGAAGUCGCUGUACUAGAACAGACGAUUCGUACGAGGAACGAGAUGCAUCGCGCUGCAGGCGUCGAAUUAGCUGCAACGUGCCACAUUUGUCUGAAGACCAAGUUUGCAGACGGGGUUGGUCACUCUUGCCAUUACUGCAGGGUGAGGUGUUGCGCUCGGUGUGGUGGGAAAGUCACUUUACGUUCUAACAAGGUUAUAUGGGUGUGCAUAUUGUGCCGUAAAAAACAAGAAUUAUUAUCUAAAACUGGACAGUGGAUACAUAAAAGUGCCGGUCAAGAUUCAAUGUUAUGGCGUAUGGAAUCUGAUAUGCGCGGCUUACCACCGCAGCCCGACGGUUCUCUUGACAAAAGGCCAAAGUUGGAAAGAGCACACAGCGCUGCCGAAAAGGAAAACCAGCCAUUUCAAAGAUCAGGUAGUGCUCUCCGUCGUCAGUACAGUCAACAGGAGCCGAGAUGCUACGGGGAACUGGAAGGCCUGGCUCGGACACACCCGCAUUUGGUACAUCCGAGACAAAAGGCAGCGUACGGAGUAGCUGACGCCAACGCACCUCCUCCACCAUCGACGCAGCUUCUUCCGCACGGACCUGUCACACAUCCCACUCUACCUCCUCGGUCGUCUUCGUCAGAUGACGAGGUUCCAGAGUGUGUAUCUGACGAAAACGACGAAUAUCGAGACCGCGGACAACUAGAGGCGUGUGCUUCUCUUCGGCACCCGCAUCUUCGCAGCGCCAACGUGGCUGCCAAUAAUUAUUACAAUUUGACUAAUCAUUCGCCGGUCGGUUACGAAACGGAGCCGCGCAGUCAUUUUGAAGCAAGAGCUCCCACGGGGGGACGCAGUUUUGAUUCAGUGACUGAUUGUCGAUGGAGAGCUCGCGACGAUAGUGAGGGCGCGUAUCUACGCCCAUACGCACCAGAUUUGGGACCGCGCCCUGAUAGAACCGUGUAUAAGAGUGCCUAUUUGUGGGAAGACUCCGCAGACAAUAGACGUUUUACGGAGAGAAGAAAAAAAACUGUUCGUUUCGAUGGACACGAAGGCGCUGCGACAUUUCCACGCGGCGGACGCGAUGCGUCAGGCGCCCCCCAUGACUGGGCGUCUUUGCGCUGGGAGUCCGAACGACAGACCAGCCAAGACUCUGCGACCAAAGACUCGGGUAUUGAUACCUCUAGCACCUUCACCUCCAGUGAAGACUCGAACAGAGGCGAUUGCCCAAAGUUUCCGCUGAGCUGGCAAAUGUCUGUUGACGGGACACGCAUGAUUGGUCACAUGGUGCUCCGAAAAAGUGUGGUGGAAGGUAGUUCCCAUUCUUCAGCGGCAAUCCUGGGACUUAAGGUCGUAGGAGGUAAACUGUUACCCGACGGCACACGUGGGGCAGUGGUUGAAAAAGUCAAAAAAGGAUCUAUAGCUGAUUUAGAGGGACAACUGAGAAUUAGUGAUGAAGUGUUACAAUGGAACGGGGUGCCGUUGCAAAACCGAAGUGCAGAAGAAGUUGCUGCUGUGGUAGCGGACAGUAAGCACGACUCUCACGUAGAGCUGGUAGUGUCUCGGCCACUCCCGCCCAACCGGCCGCCGGCGCAGCCCUGGAGAACUCACAAAGAAGUAUACACGGAAGUUAUAGGCGGGUGUGGCGAAAAACCGAGUGUACUUGUGACAUCUCCAGGCUCCCCCGAUGUGCACUCCCGUCGUCGAAUGGCGCGACACAAUCACCACAACGCCAAUGUGGCUGGACGCAUACAACUGAAAAUAUACUUCGAUAUUACUGCUCUGCAACUCCUGGUGACGGUUGUUUGCGCCAGCGGUCUUAACCCACGCCCUGACGGCUCCCCGAGAUGUCCAUAUGCCAAAAUAUUUUUAUUACCAGACAAAAGUGAAAAAAGUAAACGGAGAACGAAAACAUUAGCCAGCACUCUAGAGCCCAGAUGGAAUCAAACUUUUGUUUAUUGCGGUAUACGUAUUACUGACAUAAAGAAAAGAACAUUAGAGGUUACUGUGUGGGACUUAAACCGCUACGGUCCAAAUGAUUUUCUGGGCGAGGUUUUACUGGAUCUUGACAGUGUUGUCGUUAACCAUGAGCCGAACUGGUACACACUCAAACCACACGAAGAGGCGUCAGGUUAUAGUAGGUACCGUGAGGAGGAAGCGGACGGUGAACAUUUAUCGCCACCUUCCACUUCUACAUCGAGACUCUCGGACUCGGAUACGCCCAGCGAGUGCGAUUUACGACGGCACCAUUCGCUUUCAAGUCUUGCUUCAAGUUCCAGUCCUCCACCUUCAAACGAACGAAUAGAAAUGGAAGGAGUGCGAUGUAGCCGCCGGGACAUGUCUCCAGCAGGCCGCGUGCGUGUAGCUGGCAUGACUAGAGAAAGGAGCGCGGGGUACAGCGUGGCGCGGUCGCAGUCGGCGGCGGGCGUGGCGCGGCCGGCGCGCGCGCGCAGCAAGUCGCCGCGCCGCUCGCUGUCGCCGCCGGCCGACCGCGACGCCUGGCGCUACACAGCAACUGAAGAACGUGGUAAUGACACCGCGCGCCUCCCGACACACGCGUACACGCCACGAUUCCAGUCUCGAUCCGCCACCGCGACGCCGACCACUAGCCCUAAGAAACGUCAGCUGCCACAAAUUCCGCAUCAGAAUGCCCAAAGAGCGGUGCGAGCUCAGGUGUCGGCGGACCUUGAAGAACGUAAGUGGAUCGCCCCGCACCACAUUGGCGCCACUCUCACGUACCGCAGCACCCCGCAAGGUUGGGAGCGUCACUAUGCUGGUUUGUCAGACUCUGAACUAGCAGCGCGCAGUGGCGGUGCGUGGGCUCCGCGUCGACGGCUCUCCCCUGACGCUGCCGCCGCCGAUUCCGACCUGGAAUCAGUCGCCUCCGUCACUUCCAGCGCCUUCAGCACACAAUCGGAACGACCACGUCCAACUCGCAUGCUCAGCCACAGACGAAUUCUCCCUCCCAAUAGCACGUCUUCCUCGUGCGAUAGCGCUACUCCCGUCCCUGAUACAUUUCAUCAUUUUGAUAGAAUAUCCCCACGUAUGUUGCCUCACGUGUGCAUGUCGGCUGGCGGGGAACGCGUGAUCCGACGACGACUAAGAUCUCGAAGAGAUAUCAAUAUGGUGUCAAUGCCGAUGUCGUACCGCGGUCGCCCCACCCGCCGAUUACGGCGCAUACUCGCCCGCAGCCGUUCUGCUGGCGCCUGUAGAGAAUGCUCUUAUCGUCACGCUUAUGAACGAAGUAAUAGUUGUCCUGAAAACCCCAUGUAUAACAAUACGCAUAAAAUUGCAGAAAACAGAAAAGAUUGUGUAUUCCAAAUGUCACACAAAAAUCAAAAUAUCAAUUACGACUAUUUUAAUUCUUUAGAUUUUGAAGAUACAUUUCAAACAAAAAAUACGUAUCAUGAUCCACCAAUAAGUCAAAUAAAAUCCCGGCAGCACAGUUUGAGAAAUAGGAUCCAUACUUUACCAAACGGAAUAUCGUACAGUUUCAAACAUCCACUAACAACAAAUCCUCAUAGUAACCAAUUCCAAAAAUUAUAUGAAACACAGCGAAGACUACCUAACGUAGAAAGUUUUCGUAAAUCUAUAGUACGGUCUCUUCCUAAAAUUCCUUCUUUCAAUGAGGUUAUCAAUACGGUAAAAAAUCAUAAAAUCGAUGAUAAUACUGAAAUGAGCAUUAAUAAAUGUGUAGACUUAGUUCAAGCCACGGAUCCGAAUCCACAAUCUGAUAUAUUUUACAAUAGCAAAGAUAACGAAAUAUUAUCCGAACAUGGUAUUUACGACAAUAAAAGUAACACGGACACCGAGGAACCUUGCGAAACAACAGUAGUUAUUGAUGAUACGCAAGCUGAAUAUCAAAAUGAGUUGGAAAUAGAACAUAACAAUAGGAAAAAGUAUUUAUCAUUGGAUAUAAAAAGUUCAUACGAAUCGGAUGAUGCUGCACAUCCUACAGAAAUACAAAAGAGUAUAGAAAAAGAUACACCGUCUCUUAAAAAAUCAAUUGAAUCGCAAAAUAGCCCACAGCUUAUUCGCAAAGUUGAUUCCCAAAGACGAUAUUCAGAUUCAUUACUCGUAUUAAAAGGCUCUCCUGCCUUAACAACACAAGAUGAUAUUAAAGAUAUAUUUAAAAAAAUGACUCAUAUGUCUAAAAAGGAUACGUCUAAUCAAGAUGGUAUCGAAAAGAAAAAACAUGGCCAUUCUGUUAGUAUAAACGAAGUCCCAACCUUCCAAGAAUAUUACUCACCCGAUUCUCAAUCACCUCAACCUAGCAUAGAUUUAUCAUUACGAAAACCAUUACCGUCCAUUAUAAAAAAAGCUCGGAUUCGUUCACGAUCUUUAGCGUCAAGUAAUCAAUUAGAUCAUGAAUUUCGUAUAAUAGCUAAUUCUUUGUCUGUUGCUCUUUCUCCCUCGACCCCUGGCUCGCGUCAACGUCGUGCGCUCACUCCCACCGCCUCAUACCUGCCACUUGACGACACUCAUCACUAUAAUCACGAGGCAACGACACCGCCUUCUCCGGAACAAUCGACCACAUACUAUAAUGCUCAAUCGCCACCAAUGUCGCCAACGAAAUACAACCAACGUGAUGGGUAUUAUAAUAAUCAACUUUCGCCGAUAUCAUCAAUGAAACAAUGCGACAAAUCGAUGAGGCGACGGAAAUCAAACCACAGCAACGAUUACGGUGGUCGGGAAAAUGGACGUAACAAUCAGCAACAACCAUUGGAAAGGCGCGAGUCUAGACGCGGGCAAUUCACGCGCAGUCUCAGCAAUGCCGACGUGCCACCUGAUGAGAAAGCAGAUGGAAGUCUAAGUGACACGGCUCUAGGCGGAACCAGCGAGUUGGAGCCCGCCAGCGACGACGUGCUUCUCAAGGCCGAACCGCGUGAUUACUUCGGUCCCGGGAUGGGCAAGAAGAGUAAUUCUACUUCGCAGCUUUCAGCCACAGGACGAAAGCGGAGGUUAGGUUUCGGUAAACGUGGCAAAAAUUCCUUUACGGUGCAACGCAGCGAAGAAGUGGUACCCGGCGAAAUGCGAGGAGGCGCUGGAGUUUCGCGGGCGUCGUCCGCCUCAAGCGAAAACGACGAUGACAGAUGGUCGCCUGGAAUGCGCGGCUCGGGUUCUUCCGACGGCGGCGGACUCUCGGACUUUAUCGACGGCUUAGGUCCGGGACAACUUGUGGGCAGACAGUUACUCGGCGCCCCUACCUUGGGAGACGUACAGCUCUCUAUGUGCUAUCAAAAAGGAUUCUUAGAGGUGGAGGUGAUACGUGCACGCGGGUUGCAGGCUAGACAAGGCAGUCGGACAUUACCGGCGCCUUAUGUUAAGGUGUACCUCGUCAGCGGCAAGCGUUGUAUAGCUAAAGCCAAGACGAGUACGGCGCGCCGCACUCUCGACCCGCUCUACCAACAGACACUUACUUUUAGAGAAAACUUCAAAGGAUGUGUCCUACAAGUCACAGUGUGGGGUGACUAUGGUCGCAUUGAAGGGAAAAAGGUAUUCAUGGGCGUGGCACAGAUCAUGCUCGAUGACCUAAACCUAUCCAACAUUGUUAUUGGAUGGUACAAACUCUUCGGGACGACGUCUUUGUAACUACUCCUGCGGCAGUGUCGGCGCUAUAUGAUGAAAAUAUAUCACCUUAAAAACUUGUCCAAAUAACAUUUAUUGAUACUGCUUUAAUAUCAUGAUAAAACGCAAAA